CGAGCGGCGCGCAGCUGCACACCGAGCCAACGGCCGCCGCAGCCACACCGCCCGCCCUUCAAGCAUGGCGGUCCCCGUCACAGAGGACACGCCGCCAGACCUGCUGGCCGGCAGCAUGGACCUGACCGUGCUGCUGCCUGACGGCCGAGCCACCAAAACCAGCGUCCAGAGGGCGACGCCGAUGAUGGACCUGCUGGUACAGCUGUGCACGUCGCACCGGCUGUCGCCCGGCGGACACAGCCUGCAGCCGCUGGGCGAGAAGGGCGCGCUGCCCUACAAGCCCUCCACGCCCAUAGGGCUGCUGGAGGCCUGGAGCGUGCGCGUCCUGGCCAAGGGCACCGGCGCCGCCGCUGGAGCCGCCCCCGCGCUCCAGGAGCACCCGCACCAGCUGCCCUUCCAGCACACCUUCCGCCUCCAGGUGCACCUGCCGCGCAACCAGCUGCUGGUGUCUCGGGUGACGCCGCAGAUGGGCCUGGCCGCCGUGCUCAAGAUGGCCUGCGACGAGAAGAACCUGGACCCCAGCAAGUACGAGCUGCGCCACCCCAUAAACCUGGAGGAGAGACUGCGACCGGAGCUGACUCUGGGCGACUACGGACUGACGGAGGUGUGCGUGAUGGCGCGCGACGCGAGCGGUGCGGACGCGCUGGCCCUGCAGAAGGAGCAGGAGCGGAGGCGGCGGCGCGCCAAGCAGCAGCACGGCCACGUCGCGCCGGCGCCCCCGACAGUCCGCCAGACGGGGACCGAGGUGAGUGCCAUCACGGGCAGCGUAUCGUCGGGCAGCCUGGGCGGGAGGUCCAGCUCUCCCGACUCGGCUCCCGCCGCGCCUCCGCCGCGCGCUCCCGCCAGGAAGAGGCGCCCGGCCCCACCUCCGCCUGCCGUGACCACCGACAGUGCCGACACCAGAGGCCGCGAUAAGCGGGACUCUGCAGUGGUGAUCAGUAAAGCCAGUUCCAAGCAGGUCGUGUCGCACCACGACGGGACUGCCCCCACGGUGACCCACUCGCGGACGUCCUCCGACAGCUCCGGCUACCACGAGGCGUCCGUGCUGAGUGACGGCCCCGACACGCACCCCGGCGACAAGACGAUUGCCGCCCGGGAGAUGCCACCUCCGACUAGCAACAGCACCCUGCCACGAAGAAGCAAACUGCCACCGGCUACAGGCACAUCGGCAGCCCUGCCGAAGCGGACCGGCCCGACUGUUGGCAACUCGGUGCCACUGUCCAGGUCCGUGUCCAACCUGGCGACCGGCGUGCCCGGCAGAACGGUGCACGGCGAGCACAGCACUUCUACGUCCUCGCUGUCUUCCACAGGGCGAGGACCUCGUAAGAAGAAGGCAGCUCCACCCCCACCGCCAGUAGCGGUGGCCCCUGCGGGACCUCGGGCUGCGCUGCCGGACAGGUCGGCGGCCACUCCCGCACCGUCCCCGGCGGAACCUCCCACUGUGGACGCGACUGCCGAGAGCCGGACAUUGCCGCGUCCUACGGCUCCUACCGAGAACGCGGACGCCCGCCGGUCGGCCAGAAUCGAGGAGGAGGAGAAGGAAGUGCCGAGCCCGGAGAGGCGGCCGAGUUCUGAAGCUGGGGUGAAGCACCACCAGCAGCAGCAGAGGUCGAGUGCGGAAUUGCUGGCCGAGAAGGCGGACCUGUACGCGAAACUGCAGCGCCGCCUGCCGUCGCGCGGCGACAGCGUCACCUCCACGUCGUCCUCGGGCAGCGAAGACGCGGCCGCCGCCACCGCCGGGCGCGGUCCCGCCGUCGAGGAGCGCGCGCCCGUGCCCGCUCCGGCAGUGCGCCCGUCGAGGAGCCGCGACGGGGCGUCCGCAGCGGCGAGGGACCGGCGUACGGACGGAGAGUCGCGACCGCAGCCGGACGUGGUGGCCGUGCAGGUGCAGCCGCGGGCAUCUCCUCCAGCUCCCAAAGGUAAGGACACGGCGCCUCCCGUCCCACUGCCCCGGAAGAAACUCCCCGGCAAGGUCGACAGCGCAGACGCGCCCCCACUCGCCGACCCGGCGGACGACGUCGACGGCGAAGGCGCGCUCCCGCCCCCGCUGUCUCGCACCGGCUCGGGGAGCAGCCUGGGCAUCUACGGGAGCGUGGGCCGCACGUUUGGUGCCGGCUCGUCCCUGCUGGCCAUGUCGUCAGAGACGAGCAGUGUCGGAACUGGCUGCGCCGACGAGGAUGCGGACGCGGACGACGGGCUGCUCGGCGUGGAGGAGUCGCUCUUCGACCGGGAGGCUGCCGUGCCCGAGGAGGAGUUCGUCGACUUGGAGGACGGGGAGGAGCGCGUUGGCGGCCGCCUGGGCCGCUGGCCCAACUCUGAGAACCUGCAUGCGCUCCUGGGAAGAGGGUCGGUGAGCUCGAAGCACAGCUCGACCGCACCGGACGAGGACGAUAUGGCCGUGGACGAAGGCAUCGGCAACGACGAUGCGGCCGAGGAGGUGGCACGGGCUUUCGCGAGUGCCGCCGCCGAGUUGGAGGCGGCCAUCUUGGCCGAGGACCUUGCUGCGGCCACUGCAGAAGCCGAGGAGAAUCCUGCUGCGGACUACAGCACCUUCGACCCUCCGUGCCCGAAGAACCUCAGGGCUGCCAACCUUCCGCCGCAGCUGCCCCCUUCGCCAGACCCGCCCGCAGUGGUGGCGGACGCCGAGGAGUGGCACUACGAGAUCCCCGCCCCGCCCUCGGCAUUCAGGGAUUCGGCGGAGACUCCGCCGCCGACGCCGUGGUCUUACGAGGAAGGGGAGGUGCGCAGCAAAGCCAACCCUCUCUACGACAGCCGUGAGUUCGUGGCAGAUUCGUCCGUGGCGAAAGAGAAGUCCGACAGCUCCGGGGAGCCGACUGCGGCCACCGAACUGAGCAAUUCCGGCCAGACGACGGGCGGCAGCAACGCGCCGGAGCCGGAGGAAGAGGUGGCCGACCGGCAGCGGGCACUGACGGGCGUGGAGCGGCAGCUGCAGAGCGUGCUGGACGCUAAGGCGCGCCUACUGCUGCCGCAGCCACAGUCUGAACUCAUUCGGGGCCCGGCGGCGGAUGUGGACGCGGCUCUCAAGGACACUGACGACGGGCCUGCCGAGGACGGCACGUCGGACGUGCCGGACGUCGGGGAAGACACGUCCGUGUCGCAGGAGAACCACAGCCACAGCCUGCUGAACCACCACCACGCGGGGCACCUGCACCGGCACACUGCCAACGAGCACCACCACCACCACGACCACCGCCACCAUCUCCACCACGACGAACACCACCACCACGACCCGCACUCUGCUAAUGUGGGGAUGCCGGCAUACCUCACGGAGACCAUCGACACUCUGGAAGGGUUUGAGGACCUGAUUGCUGUCGGCUCUGGCUCGAGGCCGCCAGAGGAACGUCAGAAUGUGGAGGGCGGCAGCAAUGGUGCUGCGGAAUUGGAGGUAGUGAGAAGGAACUCUUCUGGUGUAGAGCGACCUGUGGUGGUUGCCGAAGUUGUCAAAAGUUCCGAAGGCGGCGUCACUCCGGAAACGAGUCCGGUCGGCACGGAAGCUGCGAAAGUAGCGAGGAGGAGCUCCGCUUCCAGCUACGGGACGUUGACCGAGUCGGAGAAGAGCUCGGAGAGUUCGAGCGACCCGGCCGUCGAAUCGGGAGAAGUUCCUUCUCGGAGGAGACCUUCCGGGGAGCUCGGCGUCGGCGACGGGAAGGCGUCGAAGGGCGAGGGUACCCGGGCAGAGUCGGACCGGCAGCAGAGGGCGCAGAGGCGGAGGACGGUGGAAGUCGCGGGGCCGCUGGUCAACUUCACCAUCACCACCUACCGGAGAGAGAUCGACCCGGACAAGAUAUUUGCAGAAGCGGAGGACGCGACAGCGAGCCGCGUGUCCGCGGUAACGGCGCCGUCGUCGGUCGCGGGCGCCAGUGGCGAGAGGCGGCCCUCGCAGGUGUCGAGGUCGAACUCCGUCGGCGGCUCCGGCUCCGCCUGCAGCUCCUCCGCCGCAUCUUCUCGGCGGGGCAGCCACGCGGAGCAGCAGCGCGGCGGGUCUCACGCUCCGGGGGUGAAGCGGUCCGUCUCGAAUGUGUACGCGGCGCUGCAGGACGUAGCUGCGCGGGAAGAAGCACGCACCAGAGGUGCUGCGGAGUCUACCAAUGAGGAGGACAGUGGCUCGUCUCAGCUGCAAUCGGUGCAGGUGCUGCGCAGCAUACUACCCCAGCUGAAGACGACACCAGAGCGGGAGCCGUCCAGUAGCAGCAGUGAAGGAUCGGGUGCAACGGCAGACGCCUCGGCAGCAGUACCGCAGUCGGAGCGGUCGCCGGAAGACUCGCGGAAGACGGCGGGAGAGGCUCGGGUCACGGAAGUCGGCACGAAGCCCCAGCCCCAGCCGCAGCCGUACCGGCCGCCGGCAAUCAGCUUCGCCUCUUGGGGCGAACGGCCGCGCGACCGGGCCGUCUCGCUCAAGGUGGACAGCGACUACCGCGUGGGCGGCGCUCACACUCAGGCACAACAAACCUCACAAGAACCUCAGACUGCCAGUGCAGAUGCUACUGCCGAAAACGCCAAAGCUCCCACGGUCGACGGCGCGGUACCGGAGAAAAAGCCGGAACCGGUGACGGCAGUGCCUUCCGGACAGAACGUGCACGUCAGGAGUGGCGAGCCGGCACCUGCACCUGCGCCGCCAGCUGCCGCCAAGGUGGAGCCCACGGUGAUCAGGAUAUCGACUGCGGAGCCCAGGAUACGCGCCAUGCAGCUGAAGGCGCAGCCCGCUCCCUCUGGGGUGCAGAGGUCGGACCCCGCGGCCGCACGACGGGACGGUGCCGCCCUGACGAUGCGCAUCAUCUCGCACACGACGGCGGCUCCCUUCGUGAGGCAGGGCACGACGAGCGUGACGGUGAACGGGGACGAGCGAGUGGUGCCCGUGGUGCGUGCUGUCGAGCUCAAGAAGUCGGUGUUGCAGCAGGUGGACAGGAACGGACAGGUCGACAGUGGGGAAGAGGAGGAGAGGUUUGUCGGCGUCAGCUCGCUCGCCAAGAGGUUCUCCGUCCUCGGGGACAACACCGUCGUGCAGAGGCGGAACUCGGGGCUGAGCAGAGUGGCCCGGCGACCCGUCUCGGAGCUGGUGACGGCCUCGGACGCGGCGCUGGCGUCCGCGGACCCCGCCGGCCCGGUGCACCGGACGGGCAGCUUCGCCAGCCUCGUCUCCGCCAGCAGGGCCAGCCAGCUGGGGCGCUCGGACAGCUCGGACGACGCCAGGGUCGGCUCCUCGCCAGGUCUGGUGUCGCAAAAUGGCCUCGUGAGUCCUACGGCGAAGCAGGCACCGGUGACGGUGUCCGCCGCACCCAAGGGCUUCCCUCUGCCUGUCGUCAAGGGCUUCCGGGUGCCCGGGGCCGGAGCGCCGGAACCCAGAAAGGGCAUCACGCUCGUCGCCAAGCCCGAGGCGGGCGCGGGGGCGGGCCCGUCCGCAUCCGCGCGCGCGCCAGCGCAGAACCCGCACGAGCAGCUGAUGGCCGCCAUCAGGGGUUUUGGCGGCACUGGAAACCUCGGGAAGCAGACCCAGAAUGUUGCCGAGUGCGAGAGUUGAGCAGUCCACCGCUGCAGCUUCCUCAGGAGAUAUUUGACAGGAGAACUGCGUAGGAACUUACUGCAUUGCAGAGGCCUCCCUCUGUGUUAAGAGGACGAUGGUGCAAGUGAGAGACGUCAGAUGCUGAAAUACUGAAUGCAGUAGACAGAGAUGACAGUGCUGUGCCUGAAAGCCUAGGUGUCAGUUGCCCUGGUGCCUCCUGUGCUGGGACAAACACAGAGACCCGGAGGUUGUGCCAUUGAGAGCAGAAAAUGCACUGUACAACAUUAGUCUGUCAGUUCCGACAAUGGGAAGCGUGUUCGGUGUUGGGUGUAUCGAACUGCACGGUGGUGAUAUGUUUGUGAGUGUGUUUAGGCUGCUGUGUGAUAUACGUGCAGUACCUUUGUUGUGUGUAUGUAUGUUUUUUUUUUUUCUUUUUUUGUGGAACUCUUUAGUUUUCAAGGCUGGAAGAUAGACUGAAUGUGUUAAGAAUCUGGCAGCUUUCAAAUGUGACGAAUUUUGCCCUCAUUCUUUGUAAAAGAAGCUGGAGCAGUGUAAAAGUUUCUGUCAUUUUUCUCAAGUGACAAAAUGUUCAGGACACGUAAGGGAUUUCGAUACAGCAUUUUCUGUUGUUCUGAAAGAGAUUUUCAGUAGUGGGCCUCAUUUGUUAUUUGGAGAAAUCGGGCAUUACGGUGACAACUGUGCGCCCUCUUUCCUCGACUGUUCAGAAUUAUUAGUACGUUUGUCGAGGAAGGACAACUUCGUAGGCUGUACUGUGCUGUGGAGUGCUUUGUGUGCUCAGGAAACGAAAACUCGAGGGCAUUUUUACGUGGAACGGACGAAGUGAAUACCGUGAAAGGAAUAAGGGUGCAUAAGGCACUCCAUAGUUUCCCUCGUGUCGGAAAUGUGCCUUUAUUGCAUUCGUUCCGCUCGUCAGUUGAACAUUAGGGGUGCAGCGUACUAAAGUGUUUGGUUGCUAGCAAAAGGGGAAGCCUUGUCUUCGAACAGCUUAUUUAAUUUCUGGUACAGUCACCCAUUCCACUGAAUCUGCAUUGUUUUAGUAAUGUGGGACCAAUUACUUUUCAUUUUUUUGUUUUAGGAAUGAUAACAGUGAGUGUUGUAAAUGGCAGUGAUAUCUAAAAAUGAAGACUGCAUUUCACAAAAUGGCAUCACUGUGUUCAUAGACACAAAAGUAUUCUUUCGUGUUUGUGUGUGUUUUAUUGGAGUCAUAGAAGGUGAAAUAAUUUCAAGAUAAUACACACACAGUUAACAGAAAAGAGAGGGGAACCCAUCAGUCUUUUCUUCUCGGGUGAAGCAGUGGGCAUAAAAUAAUUUGUUGCGGUUUUAGGACGAGAAAGCAGAUAUUAUUUUUGCCUCGUGUGUGUGACUUGUAUUUUUGAUAUGUUAUGUAAAGGACAUUUGUAUUGAAAAUGCUGGGAUUUAAAAAAACCAACUUGGAGAUGCUAAACGUUUUUCUACUUAAAGCAGGGAGGACUAGAAAAUUCCCUUAUUGUCCUUUUGAAGGAGAUACCUGUCACUUGUUAUAUGGAUGUUUCAUGCUCUAAACAGUCAUUACUUUUUAAAGAAAAACGUAAAUAUAUAAUCAAAUCAAAAUAUGUUGUAUUGGAAAGAAAGGGUCAUUUAUGUAACAAUGGGAUUACUUUUCAUUGUAUUCUGAUGAUUUCUGUAUUCAUGUAUGCUAUCAUGUUUGGGUUUUUUGUUGUUAAAGUGUGUAAUCAAUGCUAAUGGAGAAAAUUACAUAUUUAUUCCAUGGGGUUUGUUUAUGAUAUUAUUAUCCACAUUACAUAUUAAUGUUUGUUAUUAAUCAGGGGCAUUUUAUGAGUGUGGAAGUGGCUUUUGUUAUUUAUGUCUAAAAUUAAUUGUAUGUUCUUUGUCUUUAAUGGAAAAGAAGGGAGAGCAGUGAAGUGGUACAGGUGCAGCAUUGAAGCUGUGCAGACGUGCUAAUUCUCUCAAGUUUUAAACAAUUUCGGAUCUUCAUAGAAAACAAUGUUGAAGAGCACUUUUAGCUCUUUAUUGAAACAAAUUGUUUUACAUUUGGAACCAAAUGUACUCGGUAAACAAUAGGAUGGGGUGUUUCCCGGAAGCACUCACCUGAUCAAAAAUGGUCGGUGCCUUCAGUUUACUGUUCAGUCCGUGGCCUCUUAUGGUGGCCAUUUCUUUCCCCCUUUUGCUCCAGAGCCAGUUGGCGCAAGUCUUGUGCUAGUCAUAUAUAAUUUUCUCUUGUGACGAGAUGCACAUAUUACGGUCGUGCAAUUUUCCUCUCGGUGUCGUGUGGGGCAUUUCCUCCUCACGUUUCUGUUAACGCUGUACAAAAAAAUUUCGAAGGAAUAUUUACACUUUGUCAUGUAUAUUUAACUUCCUAUAUUUAUUGGUAAUCUGGUGUGUCAGUUUAUAGCUGAUUGUUCUGGUACAUAGUUCUGAAUGAGUUUAUGUUCUUUAGCUUAUUCUUUCUUCUCGUUGUCUAUUCCACUUCUCCAGUGACCUUCUGUUUCACCAUCUCCCACCCACAUGUGUGUGGAACUAGAUCUUUUUUUAUAUACAUAUGUUAGCUCACUUGAGCAGUGAUUACCCAAUGGGGAUGUUGUGAUGUGGCUAAAGUUUUGUUGAGAUGCUCUGAAACUGUCUGUACCUUGCUAGAUCAUUCUUAAGUCACUCACCUUUUUGUUACUUUGCUGAUUCUGUAAGCUGUGUCAUCUCGUCACAGUCCUGUGUAACGUGUUGAACUUUUUUGUUUUCAUUCUUUGUUGUAAAUAACAUGCAUAUACAUUACAAAUUAUCAGACUGUUUCUAUGAUUAUAAUUAUGUAUCAUUAUUGUAAUUAAUUCAUUAUGUAUGUAUCAUCAUUGAAGUGUCAAAUGUUUUUGUUGUGGUAAAAUAAAUAGAAAAUUAUAUUAAUAA